AUGGCCUCGUUGUCGUCGUCGUAAGUCCCAGCUUGGGUCGACGAUCCCCUGAACAUCCCGCUCGCAGUACAUAGUGAACACGCUCUCCUGAACGGAUGCCAUCUCCUGAGACCGAGCCCACCCCGGCGUGCGGUCAUCACUUUCGCACCGCACCUGGCGCCCUGCGGGACCUCCGCACCUCCAAACUCGUUCUUGCUGACAUCUCUUUUGCGCCUCUGACGCGUCGUAUGCGACAAACAGGUGCCUUGCGACCGCGUCGUCUCCCGCGCAUCUGCUCAGCUCGCCAUCGCAGCUCGGGGUCGAGCCCGCUACGAGCUUCGUCACGCGUGAUGGCACUCGCUUGAUGCUCGAUGACAAGCCCUGGGUCGCCGUAGGACCCAACAUAUACUGGCUAGGUAGGCGUCUGACCAGUACAGCUGGACACGGCGUGUCUGACUGAUCUCUCUUGGUUUGCGGCCAUCACAGGGCAGGACGAGAAUGUGCAGCCCAACCCGGCUUGGCCCUCGCAAUCACGCGUGCUCGAAGUCAUGGCCAUUGCGGCAACCAUGGGCGCGAGUGAGUCUGAUCUAUCGUCAAAAACAUAGCUCUCCAACAACCAGAGUCGCUAAAAGCCGGUGGGCCUGUUUCCAUUUGACACAGACACGAUCCGCUCAACGACGCUCGGCGUAUCGGUCGGCAACUCGCGCUCGGUCGAACCCAGUCUCGGCACCUUCAACGAAACCGCUCUCGAGACGAUCGACUUUGCCCUUUCAACUGCUCGUGCAUACGGUCUGCGACUCAUCAUACCGUUGACCGAUCAGUACGACUACUACCACGGAGGGAUCCCGACCUUUCUACGUUGGAGGAAUCUGUCGGCAACGAACCCCAAAGCCGACUUUGGCCCCUUCUACGACACGACCUCCCAAGUCUACUCGGACUUUGCGCUCUAUGUCACGACAUUGCUUUCGCAUCGGUCCAGCCUGACAAAUUUGAUCAUGGCCGAAGACCCAACCGUUCUUGCGUUCGAAACGGGCAAUGAACUCGGCGGAUGGGGUGGCAGCAACUACCCGCCUCCUUCCAAGUGGACGACGUCGAUUGCCAAGCUCAUCAAAUCUCUGGCACCCGAUACUCUCGUCGCUGAUGGGUCUUACGGCGUUCACAAGGCCGGCUUGAACAUAGCCGAGAUCGACAUCGUUUCCGAUCACGCCUAUCCUCCUUACUCGUACAACGUGCGCAAAGCGGCAAACUUGGCCCACUCGAGUGGCAAAGUGUUCCUCCUCGGAGAGUUUGACUGGACGAACCGAUACUACUUUCCUCUCACGUACCUUGCUGUACUCAUUCCGGCGGUACUGGCCGCGCUUGUCUUCCUGCUGCCCGCUCGAUGGUGGCCAUGGCAAGCCAGUCUCGGCUGCUUUUGCUGCCGCGGUCGAAGACGUCGGAAAAGGCAAGCCAAGGCAUCCUAUUUCGAGGUCAUGCACAGCGACUCGGUGCGACUCUCCUCCGCCUCUGUGCCACUCGUUGAGGAACCCGACCCCAAGUACGCGUUCCCCCCACCAUCCACACCACUCGGAGCUUCAUCCAGAGCUUUGCCAUCCCUCGACGGGCGCCGGUCGUUCCUGGACCGGACUUUGCCCAUUCGUCGUUGGCAUUUUUCAUUGUUGAUCCUCCUACUCGCCGCACCCUUGGGAGCCCUCAUUCACACCUUCUUGCCGACGCCGCUCUCGUCGUUCCUUCCGGCCGUCGAAGGCCUCGCUUUGGACGGCAAGCUGUCCGGGUCCUUUUACUGGUCUCUCUUCGGCAAGGACUCGACAUGCUGUCAAUACGUGCCCCACGGCGACGGAUAUACGCUCCACUACCCUUCCGAUCCUGGUGUGGUAGAUGGAAGCGGAAAGAACGUCGUCGAGUUGACCAAGCACGCCUACAGACUGAGCAACAAUGUGACUUGGUGGGGCGCGGCAAUUUCUUCGCUCACGCUCAACGAUCUGCCCAGUGUACAAUGCCCGCAGAACGCUUCGGCGACAAUGGGGACGACGGAUUUGAAGAAUAGGAAGCCCUGGGAGAGGGCGAACGUCACCGAACUGUAG